AUGGCUUCACCCUUCCUUUCUCCAUAUGCAGCAGGCGAAUUAGCCACCGAACUCCUCCUCAUCACCGUGCGCUUCUCCGCCUCCAUCCCGGACCUCCAACUAGACGUCCCAGAGCCCGAGAUCACAACAGGCGCAGGCCUGAAGCAGCUAAUCCGAGCCGAACUCCCCAAACCCCUGUCAUCCCACCGACUACGUCUCAUCUACGCCGGCCGCGGCCUCGAAGACACAACCGCAUUAGCAGUCUCACUCAAGCUCCCGCCCUCACCAACCCGCAGCCCACGCCCACCAGCAGACCAUCCAGACGACCCCGACUCCCCAGAUGAUGGCAAGGGAAAGCAGGCGGUGCGCGACACCCGCCCACGUCUAUACAUCCACUGUUCGAUCGGCGACAUCGCACUCUCAGAAGCAGAUCUAGCCAGCGAAGCAAGCGUGGCAUCAACCGUCCUCCUCCAAAAACGAAAGCAGAGCAAUUUAAGUAAAUCACCACUUGCUACGGAUGUCACGCCCUUACUCCCUGCUUCGGCGCAACCGCACCUACCCCAGCCCGAGUCAACCACCACACCCGCACCCCGCGGCUUCGACCGUCUUCUUGCGGCGGGGUUUACGGCGGCUGAGGUCACUGCUCUGAGAUCACAGUUCCUGGCUGUGCAGUCUGUUUCACGCACGCCGGAUACUAUGCCUACGGGUGAUCAGCUGCGGGAUCUUGAGGAUCGCUGGAUGGAUGAGGGGUCGACGGCGGCGCAGGUGCAGGGUCUUGGCGGGGAGGGUGGGGGUGGGGAUGAGGAUGGGAUUGGGACUGGGUCGCGUGGGGCGAUGGAUGAUAUGCUUUGGGGGGCUGUUAUGGGGUUCUUUUGGCCUGUUGGUUGUGCUAUGUGGUUGAGGAGGGAGGAGGGGGUUUGGAGUUGGAGGAAGGGGGUUGCUGUUUGUGUGGGCGUGAUUGUCAAUGCUGGCUUUGGGGCCAUGAGGAUUAUGAAUUGA